AUGGCACCGAAAUCAGACCCGUUCCCAGGCUUCACGGCCAUCACCGACCAAAUUUUCUUUCGGGAGGGCGAACCAGUAACAGAGGGCACGCAGCCAUCAGCAGAUCACCCAAGGGUCGUCAUCAUUUACAGCUGGGGCGACGCCAUACCAAAACACGUCUCCAAAUACGCCGAUGGAUUCCGCACACUCUUUCCGCACGCAAAACAGAUCGCCGUGCUUUCGCCCAUCGUCAAAGCCAUGAGAGAGGACCUUCAGACCCGCUCCAACAACAUGAAGCCCAUCAUCGAAGCCGCCUAUCCCUCGACAACGUCCGGAACACCAGACCCCAACGAAGAUGCGGUCCUCAUGCAUGUCAUGUCCAACACGGGCGGCAUCAACUACGCUGGAACGCUGCACGCCUACCAAGAGAGAUUCGGUCGCCCCAUGCCGCAUCGCCUGUCUAGCUACGACUCGACGCCCGGCAGCGUGAUCAUGACCUGGAACAACCUCAAGCGCUGGUCUCUGGCUAUGACCCUUGGCACCGCUGGUUGGUUUCCCUGGCCGUUCGUUGUGACACAGUGCAUCAUGGGCGUCUUCCUCCUUCUGAAUCACAGCUUCGAGCACCUCACCGGCCGGGAAAGCGCGCCUGUCUUCAGCGUCGCGGCCAUUGGCGACACGAAGUAUGUUUCCAAGGGAUCACGCAAACUGUAUCUGUAUAGCAAGGAGGAUCCGCUCAUUGGCUGGGAGGAUAUCGAGGAGAAUAUGGCCGAGUCGAAGGGCAAGGGCUACGCCUAUGAUGCGGUGCGUUUCGAUGGCAGUGGCCAUGUUGGGCAUAUGCGGAUGCAUCCUGACCAGUACUGGAACGCUAUUGCAUCGGCUUGGAAAGAAACGUGA